AUUUUUUGUUUCUGCAUUUUUUUGGGUAUCAAUUGUUUUAUUUUUGAGUGCAAAUGAUAAUGAUCAUAAAUUUGUAAAUUUUUUUGUGUGGGUGGAGUGAUCAGAAAAAUAUACAUAUUUUUUGGAGUUUAAUUGUUUUUUCUGCAUAUUUUGGGGUUUAAAUUGUUUUAAUUUCUGGCUGGAAAUACCACUGAUCAUAAAGCUAUAUGCUUUGUAGUGUUGUGUGCUCCUUAGUCCUUAAUAUUUGCUUUCAUUUAUUUCAAGAAAACAACUCAAAUGAGAGCUUAAACUGAUAAGUUGAAGCACUAAAAUAUAUUAUAUACUUUAUUAUGACCCUCACACGAAAACCUUUUGAGCUGAAAGUGUGGACACUACACAAUUUUCCCUCGUAACCUAUUAAUGAAAUGAGGGGCGAAUGAGAAUUGAACUCAUGGGUGGGGUUCUGAUACCAUGUUAAAGAAAUCAGCUCAACAAAAAAUUUAAGUUGACAGCUAAAAAUAUAUACUCUAUUAAUUUCCUAUUUAUAGUAGUAGCAUUUAUGGUUAUAACCCUUAUUUCGAUAGGGUUAAACAUUCAUAGUUCUUUGUUUUAAAAUUAUAAUGCAUUAAAUUAAAAUGACUUAUUAUAUCACUUGCAAUUAUUAUUUAUGUAAAAUUGGGGAUGAAGUUUACCAAGUACCCAGAGUUAAUCGAAAAUAACCUCUUUGUUAUAAUCAAUAACAAGGGUAUGGUUGCGUACAUUCGACAGCCCAAACCCUUGGUGGCUUAAUAGCUAAUGGCAUCGGUGUUAUGAAAUAUUGUAUUAGUAGCAUCUUUGUUUAUAUGCAGAAAAUAUAUUAUAUUUUUUGGUGUUUAAUUGUUUUUUUAAAUUUUUUUUCCUUGUAUGUUCUUGGUUCUAAUCUUGUUUAUUUUUUGCUAGAAAGGAUACUGGCCAUUAAGCUAUGUAUAAUCUUUGUAAUGAUGAACAUAAUGAUGAGAACUCUUUGGCUCAUAAUUCAAGACGUCCAAAACUAUCUCAUCUGCAAAUUCCUACAAGAUCUUUAGAGAAUGCACUCUCUAAUAUAACAUGUAUCGAUAUACCUACCGCAUCAAGUCCCUCGUCCACUAGAUCAGGAUUGCCUCCCAGACCUUGCUCAGCCGGGUUUAGAUCGUCUGUGCGAAAUAUGCUCCCCCAAAGAAGCUUCUGCACAAAGACAUUGACAUCCCAGGAUGGUGAAAAGACAUUUCUCAUCUUCUCAAACACACAGAAGUCAGACAUUCCUGAGGAGAAUCCUUCUACUUCGCGGUCAUUUUCACUCAACAAGGUUUUCUCUUCCCCUUCAACCAAGAAGGCAUGCUCAUUACCAGUUACACCCAUUGCUAAUUCAGGUUCCAAAUCUGGACGGGAAAGGGAAGUGAUUCCUGUUAGCCAUCAUAAUUGCUCAAACCAAGCAUCACAGUUGCACAUGAAACGAUCAUUUUCUGUUCCAGUGAAUGUCAAAAAUCCAAGCCUAAGGCGAGUUGGUUCUACUGGAGGUGUAGUUCGCGUUCUUCCAGUGACACCUUAUGAAGUAGAAGCGGGUAGAUCUUUUCCAAAUGAUGUCACAGUGGGAGAAAGUGGUAAUAAAGACGCCAGUGAAGACAUCCCAGAAGAAGAGGCGGUUUGCAGAAUCUGUUUGGUUGAGUUAGGGGAAGAAGGUGUUACGUUUAAGUUGGAGUGCAGCUGCAAAGGUGAGCUAGCACUUGCUCACAAAGAAUGUGCCGUAAAGUGGUUUACUAUCAAAGGAAAUAAAAUAUGCGAUGUCUGCAAGCAAGAUGUUAAAAAUCUACCGGUCACUUUAUUGAGGUUACAAAAUCCUAAUCCUGUCCAAACACGACCAUCGACCAUCAGAGAGAAUACACAAGUACCGCAUUACAGGGUCUGGCAUGAUAUUCCGGUUCUUGUGUUAGUCAGCAUGCUUGCAUAUUUUUGCUUUUUGGAGCAACUUUUGGUUUCAGAUCUCGGGGCACGCGCUCUAGCCAUAUCAUUACCCUUUGCAUGUGUUCUUGGCCUUUUGUCUUCCAUGAUAGCUUCUACCAUGGUGAACAAAGGCUACAUAUGGGCUUAUGCUUCGUUCCAGUUUGCAAUUGUAAUCCUAUUUGCUCAUAUAUUCUAUACAUUACUUAAUGUAGCUGCACUUUUGUCCGUUCUUCUUUCGUCAUUUACUGGAUUUGGAAUCGCAAUAAGUACAAAUGCCCUUAUUGUCGAAUAUCUUAGAUGGAGAACAAGCUCUACGCAACAAUCUUCCCAUCUGCCUGGUAACAGAGGAAGGCAACCAAGGCAACACCUUCGAGAUCAUCAUCACCACCACCACCACAACCACCACAUGCAUCAGCAUCAACAGAGAUUGCAUCAGCAACCCGUGCAUGUAGAAGUGUCGUUGGGCCCCAUGGAUCAUAUCGGGCCAUAAGUAAGGUCUUGUAUAAAGUGUCGACAGUGCCAGAUACAUUUUGAAAUGAUGUUUACAAAAGGUAUUGUGUACUUCGAAUCACACAUCUCCUUUCCACGUCGAUUGUCAUUUUUUUCGUGAAAAACCUUCCAUGAUAUAAGCAAAUUAUGUGACGUGUUGCUAAACCUCUCGAAGCUUUGGUCCGUAAUAAGCCUAAUGAUGUAUUAAUGCUGAGUUAGCGGGAAAUUGUGUAGAAAUUGGAAAUUGGUUGACAUUACUGCUCGGCUAUUACAUGUAGUCGAUUUUUCACAAUAAUGCACACCUUUACUGGCUGUAGGUAUGACCUUAUGAGUUUAUGUGAAUCGAUUGAAGACCGCACAGUACCUGGAUAUGACACCCAUACGGCCAUUCCAUCAAUGUACUGUCGAUUUUGAAUACUCGAAAUAUUGUGAUGUUGGAGUAUGAAUGCAAGGCAUUACUACCAUCCAAGGUGACCGUGCCAAGAGAUACAGUGUGCGCCUUCUUGCCGUGUUGUACCAGAAAUGAUUUUAAGGCGUUGUAGUUUUUUGUCAUUUUUGACGUAUGUUGUGUCGGGAAAAGAUGAAGUAUAGUAUGUGUUGCCUAUUUUCAGUGUAUUCUGCUGCUCGGUUUGUUUUCCGAUUUGAUUGGCCCCAAAAAGUGAUAUUGUAAAAUUUUGUUAGAGUAAUGAUUUGUUUUAGAGUUCCAUUUCAAUUGACAUGAUAUUUGCGGUGAAAUUACAUAAAUGUAUCUACUGCACUCGUCAUCAUUUAUCGCUAAUAGCUUGUAUUGUGCCUUCAAAGGAGGGGCGAGGACAAUUUAGAUGCAAGACGGAUAUUUAGAAAAGACGAUACCUCUUUGUCUCUUUGAAUUUUGCUACUUUACAGCCUAUGAAAGUUGAACUGAUAUCGUUUUAGGUAUAUCAUAACAAAUUUAAAGGGCAGGAGUAUAGUCUAUGCAAGUUUGAAAAUCAACUUUUGCCGUAGAAUACUAAAGUAGAGUAGAUCAACCCAUUGGCCUGAAUUUC